AUGGACACAAGAAGUGCACACGACGACUGUGUAAUUAUAAAUACACCUAACAACACUCAUUUGAUAACGGAGCAACGUAAGAAUGAAUCAAUGAAUCAGAACGCGCAUCCAUCUGAGAAUGUAGUCACGAGCGUUUUGAGAAAUACAGACACUAACGUUUUGAGAAAUACAAACACUAGCAUAGAAUCAGCUUUUCAGUUGCUGGCAAAUACGUUACAAGAAGGAUUCAACUUACCAAAGCCGGAGCUCCUGAGAUUCAGCGGUUCAACAUUGGAAUACUGCAAAUUUGUAAAUAACUUUGAAACAAACAUUGAAUGUAGCGUUCGUGACGACAUGUUACGACUUAGUUACUUGAUACAAUACUGCGACGGAGAGGCAAAUAGUGCAAUAGAAGACUGUGUACUACUGAGUCCAAGUGAAGGUUAUAAACGAGCAAGAGACAUUUUGUACUCACGGUACGGUAGGCCACAUAACAUUGCUAGAACUUAUGUAGAUAAAAUUGUUAAUGGUCAUUCCUUAAAGGCGUCUGACACUAAUGGUCUUUCAGAUUUAGCACUUGAGAUGAGAAAAUGUGAAAUUACUUUGUCUCAGUUAGGAUUUAAGUCAGACAUAGAUAACACAGACAACUUACGCCGCAUUGUUAGACGUUUGCCUAUGCACGUCCGCGGUAAAUGGGUAGAUAUUGCACACUCAAUUACUGAGUUUGGUAGGGAACCGGGCUUUUCAGAUCUAGUGAAAUUUGUAGAAGAAAAGGCUCGAAUCGCCACUUCCCUAUAUGGCCUUGACCUUGCAAAUGAGAAGAGUCAUGGUAAGAUUGUUGAAGAUCGAACCUUUAAGUCAAAGCCAAGUCUUGCACCUCGUAGAAAUAAUGUUGUCAGUUUUGCUACGAAUAGUACAGUAAACAAUUCUAUGUGUAAGCCGUCACGUAAGUGCUAUUGUUGUUCAGGUAGUUGUAAAGAUUUAGCUUCAUGUACGAAAUUUACAGCCAUGAAUUUAAAUGACAGGGAACAGUUUGUAAAAAAGAACAGACUUUUUUUCAAUUGUUUAAAGGGCAAACAUUUUUCUAACGUUUGUAGAAAACCUACUGGGUGCAAUGUAACAGAAUGUAAAUCUAGACAACACUUUCUUUUACAUAGUUGGGUAGUUAGUAAAUCUGAUCACACAGAUCAACAAUUUAUCGUAAAUUGCGCAACUGAAAUCGGAUCUUAUGUGAAGAACUGUUUAGGUAUAAUACCUGUACUUGUUAGAGGUAAAAGUGGGACGUACUGCAAGACUUAUGCUCUGCUUGACGAGGGAGCUGACCAAACAUUAUGUGAUGAACGCUUGUUGAAAACGCUGAACCUACCCUCCAAACCUGUGACGUUCAAGAUGUCUACAGCAAGCUCUUCCGGUAUCAUCGUCGAAGGACAGGAAGUUGAGCUGCACGUGCAACCGGCGUCAGGUGGUAACGACGUUACGUUGAGAAAAGUUUGGUCAGUAAAAUCUCUUCCAAUAUCAACUAGAUCUGCUGCGAGAAACGCUGACAUCAGAGAUCUACCAUAUUUAUCUAAGAUAGAAAUCCCUGAAAUCGACUCUAGCUCUGUGAUGCUUCUUAUUGGAACAGAUGCACCACAGGCACAUAUACCCUUAGAAGUGCGUUCAGGCCGCCAUGAUCAACCCUACGCCAUUAAAACUCAACUAGGCUGGGCAGUGCGUGGACCUGUAACAGACACUACAGCACAGAAAACAGCUAAUGUAAAUUUUCAGCAGUCAGCUGAUGUAUUGUUACAACAACAACUUGAGAAAAUGUGGACUACGGAUUUGGAUGACAAAGUGAAAGUAGACAGAAAUUCAAUGUCUCUAGAAGACAAGAAAGCUUUAAACACUAUGAACUCUUCACUGCGAUAUGAAAAUGGACAUUACAAACUGAAAUUACCAUGGCGUGACGAGAAAGCAGUAAUGCCUAAAAACUUGACUCUUGCGCAUGCGUGA